AGAUCAUCUUAGCUAUGUAAAAAAAUUGCGAUUGGCAGAAAAUCCUGACAGAUAUGCUAGAUAUAUUGGGGAAUUGCAUACUAAACUAGAAGAAUUAUAUAGCCUUUAUUAUGAAAUAUCUCAGAAAGAAAAAUGUGAAAUAUCUAAAGAUAAUGCGAAAGGAAUUAUUCAAGAACUUCUUAAUAUGUCACUUACAGAUGAUUAG